UCGAUCGAGCUGCCCGAGAAGGAGAUGGAGAUGGAGAUCGAGAGCAGCGCUUCUCGGAUUGAAGCUGAGAAUCGCGGCGCUGGCGCCGCCGCGGCUGAGGAUGAGGAGGAUGUCUGCCGGAUUUGCAGGACAUCGGGCGAGGAUGGAUCGCCACUCUACUAUCCUUGCGCUUGCAGCGGCAGCAUCAAGUACGUGCAUCAAGAGUGCCUGUUGCAGUGGCUCAAUCACAGCAAUGCCAAGCAAUGCGAGGUUUGCAAGCACCAGUUCUCUUUCUCCCCGGUCUAUGCCGAGGACGCUCCAACGCGCCUCCCAGUGACCGAGCUCGUCUAUGGCAUGGUCGCCAAGGCCGGGAGGGGCCUGCGAUUCUUCUCCAGGCUCGUGCUCGUCUUGUCGGUGUGGCUGCUCUUCAUCCCUUUCACCACCUUCUGGAUUUGGAGGAUGACUUUCGUGAGAGGCCUCGGUGAUGCCCAGAAGCUCUUCGUCACCCGCUUCCUCACGCCGGCCUUCCUCUUCGCCGACUGCUUGAAUGGCUUCCUCAUCUCGGCCGGGAUCGUCUUUAUAUUUCUUGGAGCAACGUCGCUGCGAGAGUACUUUAGACACAUCCGGGAGGUGGCUGGCCAGGAGGCUGAUAGGCAGCAGCAAGCUCCUCCCGCGAACGGCGAUGGCGGUGCUGGGCAGGGACAGGGACUAGCCGCUGGAGCUGGCGAGAUCAUCAGGAGGAACGCUGAGAACGUCGCAGCGCGGAUAGAAGCUCACGUGGAACAGAUGUUUGAAGCCGACGAUCCAGAUGGUGCUGAGGAUGUUCCUUUCGACGAGCUCGUUGGAAUGCAGGGACCGAUCCACCAUUUGAUCGAGAAUGCGGUCACUGUUCUAGCAAGCAAUGCCAUUUUCCUGGGAAUAGUUGCGUUUGUUCCGUUUACCAUCGGCCGUAUCUUUCUCUCGGUAUUAAAUCUUGGCAAAGCUCCUGCUCGCUCAGAAGGACCAGUGGAGGUUGUGGCCAAGGCUGUUGCGGUUUACGAUGCUAUGGCCGAGGUGUUCGUAACUGCGAUCCAGCUCUCCGACGCAGCAACCGUUGCGGUUGGCUAUGGAGUCAUCUUUCUUCUGCUGAGCUUCUAUCUCGGCUUGAUACUUCUCGUCCGCUAUGGAAGGGGUGAGCCACUUAUGGUCGGACGAAUUCGCGGGGUGGUGUCAGUAGCCGAGGCUGCCCCUUCUUUGUUCCGACAUAUUAUCGGUUGCGUGAGGUAUGUGGCGACGAUGCUCAAGGUUGCUUUCCUUCUGGUCAUCGAGCUCGGCGUCUUUCCUUUGGUUUGCGGAUGGUGGCUCGACGUUUGCACCUUGGCUAUGCUAAAGGUGUCCUUUGCACAGCGAGUUGCAUUCUUCUGGGCCUCACCCCUUACCAGCUCUCUUCUGCAUUGGCUGGUCGGCAUAUUUUACAUGCUACAGAUAAGCAUUUUUGUGAGCUUGUUGCGCGAGGUUCUCCGCCCUGGGGUCCUAUAUUUCUUGCGUGACCCGGCGGAUCCAAAUUACAAUCCUUUCCGCGACUUGAUUGACGAUCCGCUUCAUAAGCACGCUAGAAGAGUACUUCUCUCUGUGGUCGUGUAUGGAAGCUUGAUUGUUUUACUGGUGUUUGUUCCGGUUCAAGUGGCCACGCAUUUAGCUUUUUCCGUUUUUCCUCUGGACAUAAGAGUGUCGGAUCCGUUUACUGAGCUCCCUGCCGACAUGCUCUUGUUUCACAUAUGCAUACCGUUCGCUCUCGAACACUUCCGCCCAAGAGCGACCAUCAAGGCUGUUCUAUUCUACUGGUUUUCAGUUGUGGGCAAGGCUCUCGAUCUUUACGAGUACCUCCUUCCUCGUCCGGAGGACACAAAUAGAGGAAAUGGGAAUGCCGUUGCUGAACAAGCCGCACCACCACCAGCUGCUAAUGGCGAAACCAACGCCGACGAGGAAAGAUUAGACACUGGAGAGUACAAGUUCGCGGUGCGCAUUGUUUUGCUUCUGCUCGGGGCGUGGUUGACGAUGCUGGUUUUCAACUCGUCCUUGAUUGUCCUUCCGGUUUCCGUUGGGCGUGCCAUUGUCACCUCGUUCUCUCGCCUUCCAAUCACGAGGGGUGCAAACUGCAAUGAUCUCUAUGCGUUUAAUAUCGGCUGUUUCGUCAUCUGGGCGGCAGCUGCAGCGGUCCGUUACAUAGUAAACUAUUUGAGGACGCAUGACAUGUGGGUUCUUUUCAUGCAAGUUCUCAAGUGGUCAGCCAUUGUGUCGAAGAGCGUUGUGCUCCUCUCGCUAUGGGUGAUUGUCAUUCCCGUUCUUAUUGGUUUGCUGUUUGAGCUUCUGGUGGUGGUGCCACUGCGAGUGCCUGUGGAUGAAAGCCCCGUCUUCUUGCUGUAUCAAGACUGGGCUCUCGGACUCGUCCUCUUGAAAAUCUGGACUCGACUGGCAAUGGCAGGCCAGGCGACGCUCCUCACGGACGAGAGCUGGAGGCGAAAGUUCGAGCAAGUGAAAGCCGAUGGAUUCUCCCGGCUCCGCGGGUGGUGGGUUUUCCAGGAGAUUGUAGCUCCGGUGCUGGUGAAGCUCCUGACGGCUCUCAGCAUCCCAUAUGUCGCUGCUCGGGGACUGUUUCCAGCGCUGGGCCUCUCCAUCCUCAUCAACUCGGCAGUCUAUCGGUUCGCGUGGGCCGGGUCGCUGAUGCUGCUAACUGGCUGGUAUGGGCUGAGGCAGCUGAGGCAAUUGUUUCUCGACGUCCACAACGCGAUCAGGGAUGACAGGUAUCUCAUUGGCAAGAGGCUCCACAACUAUGGCGAGCCUUCGAAAGCGCUAGUGGCGGCGGAGGAAGAGAAAGGUGGCUCCUCGGAUGGGGAAGCUACUGCGGACGGGGCCGGGGCCGCUAGUCCUAUUGCUACCGCGGAUCAAGCUUUGAGGCAGGAAUAGCGAGGAUCAUUGUUUGUAUACUCGGAAGUAAAGCAGUGUGUAAAUUAUUAUAGAAAAGAUGAUGAAACAGGAGCACCCCCGAGCAGUUUUUCCAUCCCAGAUUACUUCUUGCAACAAAGGAGGCUGAUGCAUAGCUAUAUUGAAUUAUUUAGAACUUCCCAUCGAAUCAAGAAAAGCCUUUAUGUCGGAGUAGGCAACAGCGUUUCAAAUACGAUGCAACUCAAUUGCUCAAGUUUGUGGCUGAUGCAAAGCAACAAAGAGCAUAAGAAGAAAAGAUUUGAGCA